AUGGUGAGUAAAAAUAAUGUAACCGAGUUCAUUUUCACUGGUCUUUUCGAGGAUCCAGAGGUGCAGAGAGUGUGCUUUGUGGUGUUUCUUCCCGUGUACUUGGCCACGGUGGUAGGCAACGGCCUCAUUGUUCUGACGGUCAAAGCCAGUAAGAGUCUGCAUUCCCCCAUGUACUUCUUCCUUAGCUACCUGUCCCUGGUGGAAAUCAGCUAUUCCUCUACUAUUGUCCCUAAAUUCCUCAUGGACUUACUUACCAAGAUUAAAACCAUCUCACUGGAGGGUUGUCUGGCUCAGAUAUUCUUCUUUCACUUCUUUGGGGUCACUGAGAUCCUCUUGCUUGUGGUGAUGGCUUAUGACCACUCUGUGGUCAUCUGCAAACCCCUUCAUUAUAUUAACAUUAUGAAUCGUCAACUGUGUCAUGUAUUAGUGGCUGGUUCCUGGCUUGGGGGCUUCUUUCAUUCCGUAAUUCAGAUUCUCAUCACCAUCCAAUUGCCCUUCUGUGGUCCCAAUGUGAUUGACCACUACUUCUGUGAUCUCCAGCCAUUAUUCAAGAUUGCCUGCACUGACACCUCUGUGGAGGGGGUUAUUGUGUUGGUCAAUAGUGGCUUAAUUGCUCUGUGCUCCUUCCUCAUCUUGGUGACCUCCUACAUUGCCAUUCUCGUCAACUUGAGGAACCAUUCAGCAGAGGGAAGACGCAAAGCCCUCUCCACCUGUGCUUCUCACAUCAUGGUGGUCAUGUUCUUUUGACCUGCCAUCUUCUUCUACAUGCGACCCUCCUCCACCUUCACUGAGGAAAAACUGGUGGCUGUGUUCUACACAGUGGUCACCCCCAUGCUGAACCCCAUCAUCUACACAGUCAGAAAUGCAGAGGUGAAAAUCGCUAUGAGGAGGUUGUGGGGCAAAAAGGAGAACUCAGGGGUGGAGUGA